AUGGCCAUCAAGGAAUCGAAGAAGUUCGUCUGCUCAAGGUGCCUGAAAGCUGGAAAAUCAGCAGUCGGUGAAUCAGACCUCGGCUCAGCCAGCUUAGACGAAGCUUCGUCGACAAAGGAUCUGAACAACCCCCUGGCAGAUCACACACACGAAUUGGCUUCAGUAACGGGAGAAACUUCUUCAGUUGCUAAUGUAUCCGGUCCUGAUACCCACUUCGAACCUGCCCACGUCGGGAGCCUCAGUCAGAAGGUGACACCUGCUGGAAAAGCAGAGACUCACUACCAGGCCAACGGUGCGAAACGGAGAAGGCUUGCCGAUGUCAGCGACUCGAGGAACUCUUCACCAGUUCCGCCCCCCUAUUCGCCAAUUAGUCUGGGCGAGAGAGUUCUAAGUCCCACAUACAGCGUUGGCGCUACUCCGUCGCCAUCUGACCCAGCCGGUCCUGCAACUGCACCAUCCACUAACAACCCGGGUGACUCUGAGCAAUGCUCCGUCGUGCCAGACAAGACUAGGCGACCUUCGUUCCAGUCCCAAUCAACACCACUUAAUCCAUUCUCGUUUGAGAUCCCCGACACAAUCUUGGCCGCGGCGACAUAG